AUGAUUUGCACGUCGAAAACUAUAGAAGCCAGAGAAGGACCUGGAGAGAGAGAGACACGCACAGAGAGGGACCGAAUUGCCAUGAACGCAUGCUCAAGAUCGACAACUGCCAUCGCCGUCGACAUGAUCAACAGCAGCAGCAACAACAGCGCCACCAUCAACGGCUCGAUGUCGCCGUCCUCCACCGCGAAUCCUCAAUCACAAGGUCUUAAGGCCUACUUCAAAACCCCGGAGGGCCGCUACAAGCUCCAUUCCGAGAAGACUCACCCCGCCGGCCUCCUUCCCUAUGCCCACGGCAAAUCCGUCACUCAGGUCUCUCGCUCCUCUCCUCCUAGGAUAACCCUAGCGCAGCUUAAGGAGAAGCCAAAUCAAGCGGUGGUAGGCCCCAGCUCGAGCUACAGCGCAAGCAGCGGAGUGAGGUAUGUGGCACAGAGAUUUCUGGGCAGCAGCAAUGGCAGCCGAGGGUUGAGUUUUGUUGGUGGGGGUGGGCCAAGCAAGACCAAUGGUGGAGCUUACAGGAGCAGUUCAUUUGCCGGUUCGAAUGGUUCUGGUUCUAAUUCUAUAAUCAACUCAAAUUUUGACGGUAAAGGCACGUAUUUGAUAUUCAAUGUGGGGGACACUUUGUAUGUGAGCGACCUUAAUUCGCAGGAUAAGGAUCCCAUAAAAGCAAUACACUUCAAUAAUUCGAAUCCGGUUUGUCAUGCUUUUGGUUGUGAAUCAAAGGACGGGCAUGACUUGAUAAUUGGAUUGAAUUGUGGGGAUGUGUACUCAGUAUCUUUGAGGCAACAACUACAAGAUUUCGGCAAAAACUUCAACCAACUGGCUAUUCCUGACAGUCGAUGUACUAGUGUUGCAUGGAUCCCUGGCCGUGAUGGUGCUUUUGUUGUUGCUCAUGCUGAUGGAAACUUGUAUGGCAAGGAUGGUACUGGUGAUGUUGCUUUCCCAGUCAUCAAAGAUCUGACUCAAUUUUCUGUUGCUCAUGCAAAGUCGAGUAAGUUGCAUGUACAUGAUACUGUCUACUAUACAAUGGAAAUGUGUUCACCCACAUUUAGGAGAUUGCAUGGAUAUCAUGUGCUUAUCCUUGAAAUUGAGGAUCUUCUAAGCACCAAGUCCUCAGCAGCAUCUACCUCUAUUAUCAUGUGA